CACCGGCUCCGCGCCGCGGGCCUGCCCUCAGGCCCCCGCGGGCUCCGCGCCGCCGCCCGGAGGCUCGCGCCCUCCCGUCGCUCCGGGACCCGCCCGCCGCGUCCCCUGGGCAACAGUCUCCAGGGAGACCGGGCUCCGCCCCCGGCACCGACACCCGGACGACUGGUAUCCGAGAAGUGAAAAAGCAGGAUGCCCCCCGGGGUUGACUGCCCCAUGGAAUUCUGGACCAAGGAGGAGAAUCAGAAUGUGGCAGUUGAUUUCUUGCUGCCCACGGGGGUCUAUCUGAACUUCCCUGUGUCCCGAAAUGCCAACCUCAGCACUAUCAAGAAGGUGUUAUGGCACCGCGCCCAGUAUGAGCCGCUCUUCCACAUGCUCAGUGACCCUGAGGCCUACGUGUUCACCUGCGUCAACCAGACGGCGGAGCAGCAGGAGCUGGAGGACGAGCAGCGGCGGCUCUGCGACAUCCAGCCCUUCCUGCCUGUCCUGCGGCUGGUGGCCCGCGAAGGUGACCGCGUGAAGAAGCUCAUCAACUCGCAGAUCAGCCUGCUCAUUGGCAAAGGCCUCCACGAGUUUGACUCCUUGCAAGACCCGGAGGUGAAUGACUUCCGAGGCAAGAUGCGCCAGUUCUGCGAGGAGGCGGCUGCCCGCAGGCAGCAGCUGGGCUGGGAGGCCUGGCUGCAGUACAGCUUCCCUCUGCAGUUGGAGCCCUCAGCGCGGAGCUGGGGGCCGGGCACCCUGCGCAUCCCCAGUCGGGCCCUCCUGGUCAAUGUCAAGUUUGAGGGCAGCGAGGAGAGCUUCACCUUCCAGGUAUCCACCAAGGAUGUGCCCCUGGCACUGAUGGCCUGCGCCCUCCGAAAGAAGGCCACGGUGUUCCGGCAGCCGCUGGUGGAGCAGCCUGAGGACUACACACUGCAGGUGAACGGCAAGCAUGAGUACCUGUACGGCAGCUACCCCCUCUGCCAGUUCCAGUACAUCUGCAGCUGCCUGCACAGUGGGCUGACCCCCCACCUGACCAUGGUGCACUCCUCCUCCAUCCUCGCCAUGCGGGACGAGCAGAGCAACCCUGCCCCCCAAGUCCAGAAGCCACGCACCAAACCGCCCCCCAUCCCCAUGAAGAAGCCCUCCUCCGUGUCCCUCUGGUCCCUGGAGCAGCCUUUCUACAUCGAGCUGAUCCAGGGCAGCAAAGUGAAUGCCGACGAACGGAUGAAGCUGGUGGUGCAGGCCGGGCUCUUCCAUGGCAAUGAGACACUAUGCAAGACGGUGUCCAGCUCAGAGGUGAGCGUAUGUUCGGAGCCCGUGUGGAAGCAGCGGCUGGAGUUUGACAUCAACAUCUGUGACCUGCCCCGCAUGGCCCGGCUCUGCUUCGCGCUUUACGCCGUGAUCGAGAAGGCCAAGAAGGCCCGCUCCACCAAGAAGAAGUCCAAGAAGGCGGACUGCCCCAUUGCCUGGGCCAACCUCAUGCUGUUUGACUACAAGGACCAGCUCAAGACGGGCGAGCGCUGUCUCUACAUGUGGCCCUCUGUCCCAGACGAGAAAGGGGAGCUACUGAACCCCUGUGGGACCGUGCGGAGUAACCCCAACACUGAGAGUGCAGCCGCCUUGGUCAUCUUUCUCCCCGAGGUGGCCCCUCACCCUGUAUACUACCCUUCCCUGGACAAGAUCCUGGAGCUGGGGCGGCUUGGAGAGCAUGGACGCUUCACGGAGGAGGAGCAGCUGCAGCUGCGGGAGAUCCUGGAGCGGCGGGGUUCUGGGGAACUGUACGAGCACGAGAAGGACCUGGUGUGGAAGAUGCGACACGAGAUCCAGGAGCACUUUCCCGAGGCUCUAGCCCGGCUGCUGCUGGUCACUAAGUGGAACAAACACGAGGACGUGGCCCAGAUGCUCUACCUGCUCUGCUCCUGGCCUGAACUGCCCGUUCUGAGCGCCCUGGAGUUGCUAGACUUCAGCUUCCCCGACCGCCACGUGGGCUCCUUCGCCAUCAAGUCCCUGCGGAAACUAACCUCCGAGAUGCACGUGCCGUCGGUGGCUCUGCGAUUCGGCCUCAUCAUGGAAGCCUAUUGCCGGGGCAGCACCCACCACAUGAAGGUGCUGAUGAAGCAGGGGGAAGCACUGAGCAAACUGAAGGCCCUCAAUGACUUCGUCAAAGUGUGCUCCCAGAAGACCCCCAAACCCCACGCCAAGGAGAUGAUGCACCUGUGCAUGCGCCAGGAGACCUACCUGGAGGCCCUCUCCCACUUGCAGUCCCCACUCGACCCCAGCACCCUGCUGGCUGAAGUCUGCGUGGAGCAGUGCACCUUCAUGGACUCCAAGAUGAAACCCCUGUGGGUCAUGUACAGCAACGAGGAGGCAGGCAGCGAUGGCACCGUGGGCAUCAUCUUUAAGAAUGGGGACGACCUCCGCCAGGACAUGCUGACCCUGCAGAUGAUCCAGCUCAUGGACAUUCUGUGGAAGCAGGAGGGCUUGGACCUGAGGAUGACCCCCUACGGCUGCCUCUCCACUGGGGACCGCACAGGCCUUAUUGAGGUGGUGCUUCACUCGGACACCAUUGCCAACAUCCAGCUGAACAAGAGCAACAUGGCGGCCACGGCCGCCUUCAAUAAGGAUGCUCUGCUCAACUGGCUCAAGUCCAAGAACCCGGGGGAGGCCCUGGACCGAGCCAUUGAGGAGUUCACCCUCUCCUGUGCUGGCUACUGUGUGGCCACCUAUGUGCUGGGCAUCGGCGAUCGCCACAGCGACAACAUCAUGAUCCGAGAGAACGGGCAGCUGUUCCACAUUGAUUUCGGCCAUUUUCUGGGGAAUUUCAAGACCAAGUUUGGAAUCAACCGUGAGCGGGUCCCGUUCAUCCUCACCUAUGACUUUGUCCACGUGAUCCAGCAGGGGAAGACGAAUAAUAGUGAGAAGUUUGAAAGGUUCCGGGGCUAUUGUGAGACGGCCUACACCAUCCUGCGGCGCCAUGGGCUCCUUUUCCUCCACCUCUUUGCCCUGAUGCGGGCGGCAGGCCUGCCUGAGCUCAGCUGCUCCAAAGACAUCCAGUAUCUCAAGGAUUCUCUGGCAUUGGGGAAAACGGAGGAGGAGGCUCUGAAGCACUUCCGAGUGAAGUUUAAUGAAGCCCUCCGGGAAAGCUGGAAAACCAAAGUGAACUGGCUGGCCCACAACGUGUCCAAAGAUAACAGGCAAUAAUAGCCCCUCCCAGCCCUGCGCCUGGAGACAAGCAAACUGUCGGUCUUGGGAGGCGAGCACCCUCAGCUACCCUCCAGGGCCGAAAGGCUGGACUGCAUCCUUGGGAAAGAACCUACACGACUGCCUUUUGUUUACACUGGUUAUUUAUUUAUGACUUGAAAUGUUUCAGGAACUGAACAGCCAUACAUAGAAAUGCACCCUAGAGCAGGGGCGGGGCGCUGUCCUCCGCGUGCCCAUCAGAGCCCUGGGCUUUGAUGGGAAGACACUGUGAGCCACACACCUCAGGCUGCAUCUCGCCGAGGGUCUGUAACCUCAAGUCUUCCAGCUGGUGGAUCUGGAGCCAGCCAAGACUCCUCUCUCCCGCGUGAGGGCUGUCUCCUCCCCAGGCUCCCACUGCGCUGCAUACGUGUCCACGCCUGGCAGUCCAGACAGGGCGCCCAUGCCUGCUCACCACCUCCACCUGCGUGCUUUCCACUGACUGAGUUCUGGGCAGUUCCCAGAGGCAGCCUGGGUGCCCUCUAGAUUCAGGGAGGGUACUUCUGGAUACGGGAAUUCUCAUCUCUGCUGUAAAGCGAUUUUGUUUGCGGGUAAGAAAAAAAAGUAGCCCAACUACUUACUGACCUCUGUAGCUCGGGGUGAAGGUGGGGGGAUGGCCCUAGCCCCCGUCAGUAGAGCGCACACUGGUUCUCAAGCCACAUUAGAAAGACAAGAGCUUGACUGAGCUCACCCUGGUCAUGGAUCAAGAGGCAAGCUGGUGCAAUUGUAUGUAACCUCUCUCCCCCAAAGCAGGUUUUAGGUAGUGAAAGACCUACCUCCUCUCCGAAACACUCACUUUUGAGACUCUGCUCCGUGGACCUAGGUAGCAGAGGCAUGAGUCGGGGUGUGGGGGCAUCUUUUCCUCAGACAGUACUUAGCCAGAAAACGGUUCAGGCUCAGCCUUGGGUACAUCUGAGGAGCUCCAGGAAUGCAGGUCCCUGGGCCUCUGUCGGCCUUUUGGAGCUAACUCUGGAGACAGGGCUGAGAAUCUGGGUUUCCAGCAGCCCACGGGUGGGCAUAAUGGAAUCAGCAGCUUACUGGGGACCCACAAGGCAACACCACUUACCUCUCAAUGGCCCUGCAAAGCUCAGCAGUGCCAGAGGUAACUGUCCUCUCAAUAGCCCAAGCACACAGCUUCCAGAAGAGCCCAGGGGACUAGCCUGUUUCUCUGUUCAUUAGAGGUGGCUGAGCGGCAUUGGCCCUAGAAAUCCAUGCCACCCACAAAGCUCCACUGACCAGACCCUGGUUCCCAACUAAGUGCUGAAUUCAUCACACCCACCUCACCUGUCUGGGAAUAGGAAAAGCUGACUGUACAUCUGUCUAUUUAUUUAAACGAGUCUGUUCUUCCUGGCAUGGACAGCACACUGUGUAUACACAGCAAUGUUUGGUUUGGAUGCAUGGCCUGUGUGCCCAGCGAGAAAAGUAUUUUCUAUGUUUUUUUUUUUUUAAACCAUUUGAUGUUUCUGUAUGUGGAAGGUGAGUUCGACGUAACUGAUGAAGGUUCAGACCAGUAGUCUGAAACCUUGAAGUGAGAGGUAAAAACAGAUUAAAAGAAACAAAAGCCUUUGUAUGUUAUGUUCUUGGCUCAGAAAGAAACCAAGGGAAUGUAGGAUUCAUAUGAAAAUGAGACCAAAGAAAAGCCGCUCUCCCGCUGGAGUUAGAACCAGACUUUAUUGUAUGUAUACACUUUCUGACCUAUUGUCAAUAUACACAUCUGAAAAGUGAUACUGCGGCCGCUACAGACAGCGCGAGAAUGGUCCUGUCUCCGCAUUGGCGUCUACCCACGGUCUAAACAGAGCAGCUACAGUGACAGUACAUGGAGGGGUGGCCACACAUGACACGGGACAGCUGGCAGUGUCCUUGAGACUAGCGGUUAUGAUCACAGCGUAGUGUUCAAAAUUAUUUUCUCCCAGUUUUAGAAAUCUAAAAUUUUACAUGUACAUUAAAAA